AUGCAACCACUGGACGUACCAAUAACACUAGUCGAGAAUCCUCCUGUUGACCCGGAUGGGGGCCUUGCGCUCUCAUCCGGGUUCUUCAACCCCACCCUGCUCAAGGAACUCAACCAACUCCAGUUCUCAGCAUCCCUUGCCCAAACCACUACCACCACCAUCAACAACAACAUGAACGUAUCCACAACAACCCUUCCAACCACUAUCACCAACACCGAUGCGACUUCCAACCAAGCUGCUCCCACGUUCUCCAUUUCUGACUUUCUUGUCCCAGGACUCCAGACAAAGGUCUGGGACGAUUGGCAGGGUGCUGACGUUCUGAACGACUACUCUGCGUUCGACACUCAAGACUUUUCAUCCGACCUCAAUGGAAACCCCUUUCAGUUCGAUCUUGACGGUCUGAUGGGCAACGCUCCCAUUUGGGAUAACAAUGCCAUCCCGGCCGACCAAGCCUAUGACGAGUUCGUCUUUGACUUGGCACCCAACGCCUUUGAGACCCCUGCAACUGUCAAUGUCGCUGAUUUGAUUGUUGGACCCAACUCCUCCAGCAGCGCCUCAGUAGUGUCCCCCAUGGAUCUUUCCAUGGCUUCGGUCGACAUGUACCAGAACCUCACUUUGGCCAACCUCUACGGGUUCACUGACACUACCACGGGAUCCGACUCUGGCUCAGAUUCUGAGGUGGAUGAGGAUGCUUCUGACGACUCAGACCAAGACGAGAUUGCCAAAGCUAUAGUUCCCACGGCUGUUCCACAGCCCGCUGUUGAUACCCAGUCGUGCGCGCCCAUUGUUCAACAACCCAUGGCUCCUGUACCUGCAGCCAUCAAGCGCGAAGAUCCCAACAAGCGCCGUAUGGAGGAGGCCCUAGUGGCCCGUAUCAACAACGACCUUGGCCCCGAGCACAUGGCGGGAUUGUUCAAGAUUCUGAACGGCUCCUUGGAUCAGGAUGCUGAGAAUGAUGAAGACGAGGAGAUGGAGGUCGAUCUUUCCAGCUUGGACGAAACAACCUUGGUGCAAGUCUACCAGUACGUCGAGACCUGCUGCAUGCAGACCAUGCGCUCUAUCUUGGCCGCUGAGGAACGUGAGCGCGCCGCCGUUGCUGCUACCAAGGCAGCCGCCGCCGCCGCCGCCGCCGCUGCAGCUGAAGCUGACGCGAUGGAAAGACAGCGCCAGCGUUACUACGCUGAAAGGACGCCUGAGCUGUCGCCCGGUCAUUCCUCUGCUUCCUCGAGCUCACCCUCGCCCCCUCACCCUUCGUCUGGGUCGGCCACCAAGGGCCGCCGAGGAACCUACAACAAGAAGCGCAGCCCCGUGCAGUCGACCUCGUUGGCUAUGUACCAGGCUGCAGAUGACCUUGAACAGGAUGCACUCUGGACUGCUGGACAUGCGUCCAAGGCCAGGAGAAGGCGCGCCACCCUGGGCAGCUCGACCGGAGUGGGAGGUGGCGGCACCGACAAGGGUCGCAGGAUACAGAAGGAUAUGGUUCAGCAACAGCAGUUGAUGAUGCAGCAGCAGCAAUCCAUGGAGCAUGUUGUUGUCUUGCGCACCACUGUUACCGCUGACGACGACGAGAUGGAGUAUGGUGAGGAUGCCGAGAUUGACGUCGUCGGCUAA